AUGAAUUUCCCUGGUGUAAAACGUACUACACUGGGUGAGGGAGGAAAUACCUCUUCCUUACCGGCAAAGGAACUGGAGCCUUCAGCAACAACCAAACUCGCUUCCUCGGACGCACCUGUACCAAAUGACAAAGUAAAUGAAGCUGGUAGCUCCGAUGAUUGUGCCACAACAUCUGGAAGAUUCAUACAUUUCCCUAAGCUUCCCGCUGAGUUACGACUUAAGAUAUGGGGCUACUUAAUGCCAGAGGAGGAUAGUCGUAUAGUGGAAGUCCGUUGGAACGAUAAGACUGGAAAAUAUUAUACCGAUGUUGCUCAACCACUUUUGCUUCACGUCUGUCACGAAACGAGAGCUGAGGUUAGCAAAACGUACGAUCGCCUUGAGUUUAACGUUAAUGAAUUCGACGAUUUGUACAUGGCACUGGAAACCGGUGUUCGAAACACCGGCUUUCGAAUUCCAAGAAGGACAAAUCCAACACCCUUUGGCACCUACUUCAACUUCGACUGUGAUGAGCUAGUAGUCACUCUAACGUGUAUCAAUAACGACAUUGCGAGAGUACAUUUUCUGGACAGUCUCAGAAGGCAAGAAAUAGUACAGAAGAAGUCGAAGAGUAUCAGCAUUGGAAGUAACUCACUCCAUUUACUCCAGCCGAUCCAGACGAUCCAGCCACCCGCCUUUGACCAUCAUUUGUGUUCUGGAAACGAGAUUUGGUUGACAAUACGAUACCUCUUGAUGAUGGAAAAGGUGACAUCAAUCCGAGUUAUUAGCAUGCGUGUGGCUGAUUACGAAUUUCUAAACCGGUUUUCGGAAUCUCGCUCCUAUACAAAGCCGACUCGGUUUAGCAGCCAGAUCGAACGGGGAGCCUUGCUGUUUAGUGAUCGUUCCGUGGAAGAUUUGGCAGAGGUAUAUGCAAGAACUAGGGCCACUUACGCGAUUACAAGAACCGCCGUCAAUGAGCGCGAUUUUACAUACAGCUAUGCUCAUCUCAUCAGGGAUGGCGAAGAAACAGAGAAUUCGGAGCAGUCAACUGCAUUUCCUGGACCAAGGCAAGUAGGUUGUGUUAUACAGUAA